CCCGUGCUGCCCUACAUGGCCGCGGGCCUGCCCACACGACACCUCCCCUCCCUGCCGGCGGUCCCUCGCAGCGGCGCCCCUUGGCCCGUGGACCGGCCAGUCCUGCUGUGGGUCCCGUCCGAAGAGCACCGUGAGUCUGCGGGUCUUUGUGAGCGCCUGCAGGAAGAGAUGAAUUCGCCCUCCGACAACCACGACCGACUGUUCGGGGCGGAAUUCAAGGCCACCCCGUGCCACCAGAGGGUGCUGAAGCCCCCGGGCGGAGGGUCCAGCAACAUCUUCGGCGCCCCCGACGUGCCGGAAUCGUCGCUCCGCCGCCGCAACCAGAGCCACCUGCAGUCGUCCGUGCUGGCCGGCGCCGACAUGGGCACCCCGGCCCGAGCCAAGCCUGGUAAUAACUCCUACGAGCGGCUGUUUGGCGAGCCGGAGCCCCGCCAGCCGUCCGCCAUUAAAAACAGGCUCAAAAGUAACGUUCCCAUAGGUGACCAGGUGAACGGGAAACUCGUCAAUGGCUCCGCACACAACGGCUACACUCAGAAAGCGUAUCUGCCGCGCAACCCGGUCACAGGGCUCGGCAUGACGGACAGAGACUCCCAGGUCCGCAGAAGUGCACGCAGAAGAGCAGAUGGCAACCCAGUGACCGGGGAGGGAUACAUCGCCAAUGGCGAGAAGGCGGCAGCACCGGCGGUGGACGGCGCUGCUGCUGCUGCCCCUGCAGUCAACGGGACCACGGCUCCUGCUCCGGCCCAGGACCCCGCCCCGGCCCCCGCCCCCACUCAGUCAGCCGGCGCACCCCGCCGCGUGCCACCCGGUGGCUUCUCCUCCGGUCUCUGGUGAACGCGAGCUCCGUCCCGGCCCUGCUCUUGUAUCAUCUGCAGUCCGGGGUUCAUUUCUCAUUUGUAUUCUUCCGGUCCUUUCUUUUCAAAACUGAGCAAGUUUCAUUAAAGGUUUUAUGCGUAUUUUAAAUUUCAUUGAGGCUGAUUUAUGUAGGAUUGUGUUUUUGAAUUAUGUAAUUCUUGUAAAGAGAACUGUGGAUAGUAUAUUGGUACUGAAUAAAAAUUUUUGUCUAUGCUUGUUGAAAAUCAAUAAGGAAAUACUAUAGUGGAAGAGUCGUAUGUUUAAAUGACUACACACUAAUGUUAGUGCCUUUUUAAUAUUGCUUAAGUAUGGGUGUGGCUCUUCAGAUGAUUAUUAAUUUAGGUUUUUAUCUUGAUUUUUCAUUAGCAGCAGUUUUAAAUAGUUUAAAUGCUGUACAUAUUAAUUUAUUUUUAUUAUUUAAAUUAUAAGUGUGUUUUUCUCAAAUUUUUAAGCUGAUUGGUAGUUAGUCAUCAUUGUUUUUGUCAGUAACCAAUAUGGUUUACAUUAGUACUUCUGAAGCAGUUUUGAUAUAUUAAAGAUAUGUAUUCAGCAGUUUCUCUUGUCAUAAAGAUAUAAUUUGUUGAUAUAACAGGAUAUAAUUGGGGAAAAAAAAGAUUAAUUUUUUUUCCCAUGACAAAUAUUGAAAGAUGUACUGCCACUUACUGUCUGAAAAUAAAACUUUUUUUACUUGUAA